GACACACUGAGCCGAGGCACAUAGUGGACAGACAGCAGGGCACACAGACAUGUUUACCAUACAAAAACCUGACACUGUUUCUCAUCUGUCCCAUUUUCAUGAGUCAAAGUCAUUAGGAAGCCUUCCAUUUCCCAGUGAUAAGGAGAGAAAGCAGGAUACCAACUUUAAUAUCUUGGAGGAAACAUAUGACAAAAAUGAAAACUGGAGUCAAGAUAAGAAAGGAGGAGAAGAAGGAGAAAAUAAAUCAAAAUCAGAGGAUGAACACUCAUCUUUGGAUAAUAACAGAUCUCAACUGAAGAAUAGGCCAAUAGGGCAGCUGAAAAGCACAGGCUCUGAAGGGAUCAGUUUGUCUUCAUCAGAGGAAGAAGUACGAAGCCCACCAGAAGGAGCAGAAAUUAUGCAGCUAGAAGGUGACACACCAGCUAAUGACACAGCAAAUGGUUUUGAGAAAUGGGCAGGAUCACCAUUAGAAGACAAUGGUUAUGCCAGCAGCUCACUUAGCAUAGAUAGUCCUGACAGUGUAUCAGCGAGCACAUGGCAAGAAACAACUCUUCCAGCACCCACAACCACACCACAGGAAAAUCCAGAGACAGAAGAUUCUGACGUUGAAUCCUCAUCAGAUUCAGAUUCUAUCUCUGUGACAUUAUCAGAAGCGUUUCAAAGUCUACAAGACAAAGAAAAACUAAAGGAGAGGGAGAAGGAGAAACAUCAUGCACAGCUGACUAUGUAUAGACGCCUGGCUCUUCUGAGGUGGAUAAGAGCUCUCCAGCAAAGUGAGAGAUCAGCAGAACAGACUUCAAGAAAGCUUUGACACUAUUCUGGACAACCGUAAGGAGAUGCUUAGACAUAUGCAGCAUGGCUAUAACAAGACACCUACUAAGGAAGCGGUAUGAAACAUCUAGAAUAAAGCAUUCUAAGCAAUGAUCAGUACAGCAUCCAGCAUCUAUACCUACAUCCCAGGGUCUGGCAGUCAUUAUCUACAAGCUUUAGAUGGAAAAGUCUAUGCCAACAAACCACAGCAGAAGGUUCAACCAAGGGCAGAGGUCUCACAAACGCCAACAUUCAUUUUAACAUUGCUAUUGCUCUUAUGCUGCUUCUACACUUCAGAAUGAAAGAGGAAGGUGUGUGGGAAAAGCAAAAAAGGUGCAUUUAUUCACAUAUGUUACAUUGAUUAUUGAAAAUAAAGUUGUGCAAAUAUAAAAA